AUGCUCAAAAUUCUACCAUUUUUGUUUGAUGUCAAUACUGGAUUGGGUAUAGUUGCAAAAACAUAUUUAGAAAAUAUUAUAAGUUCAUCAAAAGAAAAUGAAGAUAAAAGUGAGUCCAGUUCUAAGAUUGCUAGUUCGAUUAAAAAACUUGAAGAAACAUUUACGUCAUGUGUUGAUGUAAAAUCUGACUUGUUGAAUGGAUUUUCUUUUUGGGAUCAAAUUAUUGUGGCAAUUAAUUCUCUCAAAGCUAAUGGAACUAUUUCAGAUGAUCUUUCUACACAAUUCUUAAAAGCAAAUGAAUGGUUAUCAACCAAAAGACCAUAA